ACUCCAUCAACUCCCCUAAACGAUCCAGACUAGCAGUGUGACUCUCGAUUGUUCAGUGCGACCGAUGACUAACGUACGUGUAGACGGUGGCAACAUUUUGUAACUUGUAUUGGAGCUCUUUCAAAUUCCUAUUAACAUUAUUAUUACCCAAUGAACUACUGGGAGCUCCUACCGUAAAAAUGAAGAAAACAUUACUCGUGACGUUGUGUUUAGUGAUUUUACUCAUCUCUGUGCAAGCGAGAAAAACUUCACGUAGUCGCAGCUCAGGAUCAGGACGUGGCACAAGCAGGAAAACUUCGAAUCCUCAACCAGUACCUACAUCUUUCAGUAAUCCACAAGCUUCUGCACCAAAACCGACAUUAUUUGGAUGGCAAGAAAAGCCGAAAAAUUCGCAGACGUAUACAUCACAAUCGAAACCAGCGAAUAGUCAAAGUCACGGUUAUCCGUCUAGCAAUACCGGACUUUCUGGAAACAGUCCUGCCAAGCAACCUCCUGCAUAUUCAGAAAGUGUUCAAAGGAGUAAUAGUGCAUCUCAAAAUACUGCUCAGCGGGCACAAUCUCCUUCACAAACGAACAGCCAGCCUGGCCAUUCGUACCCGGCAUCUAACGGAUUGUCAGGAAGUUCUGGUUCAGCGGGAUAUCCUCAAGGUACCGGUUUGUCCGGCUCGGGUUCAGCGGCAGGACAUGGAUCUGUCGGAUACCCACAGUCAAGUGGAGGUUCUAGUUCUGGUGUAGGUUAUCCUCAAGGGAGUGGACUUUCUGGCGCUGGAGGAGCACCACCCCCGUAUCCUGGUUAUAAGCCCGGAGCUAAUACGGGUGGAAGUUAUCCAUCGCAAGCAGUUGGUAAUGGAUAUCACCAACAAGGUCCACCGCCGCCAUACUCAGGCAGUGGAUAUAAUCCCGGUGGCUAUGGUGGUUAUGGUGGUCAUAGCGGCUAUGGGGGCCAGGGUGGUUAUGGAGGUCAUGGCUAUAAUCCUAGUUAUGGCAACCAAGCACAGAUGCCAGGCUAUUUCGGAAAUUAUGGUGGUUACGGCAAAGGUGGUUUUGGUGGGGUCAGUCGUUCAGGAAGUGCUCUUAGAGGAAUAGGCAUUGCAGGCGCAGGAGUUGGUACUAUUUUAACCGGUUUAGCUCUAUGGAAUUUGGCAAGAUCUACUGGCCAUCACCACCAUACUGUGAUUUAUGACAACAGAGGUCAACCAGUUGCGGUUGCCCCAGCUAACGGCACGGAACCUGUUAUCGACCCUAUUCUGAAAGAUUUGGUUAACUGUACUUUAACCAUAAGCGGUGAGAAUUCAACUGAGGUCUUAGCAAUACCAUGUGCUAUAGCUACAUCUUUUACACCUGAGGCUGACGUUAAAGAAGUUGAAUCUGCGGAUGGCAAAGCUGAUAACACAAAAUGUAUUGUUACUGUUGUCACAAAGACUGGGAAGGAGUUUAUGACCACUAUUCCAUGUUCAAUACUAUUAAAUAGUGCUGCUGAAAAUAAUGUAACGGAACCUGUUAUUACUGAAAAUACUCCUGACAUUCUGAAUGGCACAUUGGCAGAAAGUAACAAUAAUGGAACAGUACAGCCUAAUCAACCUUCAGCUUUAAGGCUAACAGGAGAUGUUAAAAACGGUACCAAUUUGAUGGAUUUUAAUUGUGAAUCAGUAUUAGAAAACGGUGAAGUGAGGGAUCCGAUUAAUCCGUGUUUUGCAGUGACAAGUAAUUUAACCGUAAUACCCCUAUCCACCAGUGUACCAUCAGAGACAGUAAAUUAAUUUACAGUUUUCCUGUUCUUGAUUUGUAUAACUAAUCAUUUAGGAUUAUAUUAGUACCUAUUAAAGGUACCACUUUCACAGAGAUGCCAUAAUUAUUUGUACGUAAUCUACGUAUAAUUAAAGUUUAAAUUCAGAUAAUUAUUAUUUCAGUACCUAAAACCAAUUAAGUCGUUUAUAGCUAAUUAGUUAUAUUAAGAUAAGAUUAUAUUAAUGAUUGCAAUUUUUCUUGAAACACAUGACAAUGGAUUUAUUAGUACAUACCUAUUAAGAUUUUUGUUACCUACUUAGCUGUACCUGUGUGAUUCAUAGAAAUAAAAUGCAAAAAUGCUU